AGCUGAUUAGUAUUGUAUUGUUUUAAUAUUGCGAAUUUAUCGUCUUGGAUCUUAAUAUUCAAUUCAGACGAGAUCUUUUUUUUUCCUGCGGUUGACACUGAAUCAUUAGCCUAGAAUGCGUACCUUAAUAUGCAGCCGCUGAUGUAAAGCGGUGGUAUUGCACAAACCAACUGUGCUUCGAAAGACGCGUGUCUACAGCUACAACUCUGUUUGUCGACAAAUUGUGCGUGUGAGUUGGACGUCGCUUUCGAGAAAAUCGUCAGUUAAACGAAUGAGCGUACAAGUACACGUGACUAUGCAAAGUAGUAGAACGUUUGUAAAACUACAUUGCCCAGAGUUCAUGGGGAACGUCACCGGAAACACGUGCAUUGCCUCCUGCCUGUGAUUGGGUCGUUCAAGCGCUUGGUCGGCGGGUUGUUUGGGUACUGCAAAGAAGCACCACCAGCGCGGCGCUUCUACCAUGAAUGCUGUCGUGAGCUUCGCAGCCGCUUAAAAGGACGGAGCAGGUGUAUUGCGCUGCGUUUGAAGAACAGUUUUCAAGGAACGCUGCCUUUAGGUUUAGGCGUCGUGGAGCAGCAGCAUGGAGGACGUGGCUAAAGAGCUGCUGUCCCGCCUGGUGCGGAGAAUCCCUUUGGUGAGGCUGAGGCACGUCCUGGGCCGCUGGGAGCGGCUCUCCAAGACACAGCUGCUGUCGCUGGACUUCACGCAGCCCAAGUGGGCCCUGUGCGAGAAUCUGCUCUCCCUCUGUGAGGAAAAUGAAAUUGCAGUGAAAGACUUGACAGAGAUUGAAAUGCUUUAUCGUUCAGAAUAUCCAGAUCAGGGAGUGUGGCAUGUUUUUCAGCUUGUGGACACAUCAGAAGAAAGUCUGUCUUCAGAUUUCAUGCAUUUCAGAGACCAGUUCAAAGCAAACCUGAAGGACCUCAUAAAUCACGUUUCUAUCAAAAUGAAGAAGCUUGAGGAUGAAUCUGUGUGGAUACGUAUCGCCUGGGGGGGGAAUUUCAGCCGACCAAACCACCUGAAACCGACAUACGUUGUGCAUCAUCUCCAGACCCCAUAUGUGUUUGUUUCCAGUUUGGCCAAUAAGCACAAGCCUUUGCUGUUUCAGGCUCUGGCUCUCUCUGCUCACUGUGGGUCAGUGAAAGAUGUUAACCUCAGCGGACGCUGCCUCACUGCUCUCAGAGACCUGUCCAUGAGACAGUACAAGCAGGUGUUUCCUUCACGUCACCAAAAGCGCUUAGAAGAGAGAGAUCUACUACCAAAUCCAAGUAUUGAAAACGAACACAUCAAGCUGGCAGAAUAUAAGCAGCAGGUGGCCUCAGAGGUGUUUGGUGAUGGAGUUUUGCCAAAACUAGAAACAGCUGUGUACAAGUUGGAAACUAAGUACAGAGAACAUGGAAGUGAAAAUCUGGCACGAAGGGAUGAGCCUUUCCGAGGUGUCGUCAAGUUCUCCAGCUCCAACCUUCUCGAGUCAUUAAAAUACUGUGUCUCUUCAGGAAUGGCCUCUACCCCUGUCACACCUCUACUUUCAUCCAUAACCCACAAAGGAAGAAAUUAUUUUGUGAUCAAAGACAAACAACAUGGAAGUGUUCCCAACACAUCAGCGUCAAAGUUUUGAACUGCAAAUACUGGAUAUUUACUGGACUUAUUUCUCUGGAUGAUUGGACUCAUACAGUAACUUCAGUAUGUAACAGCCUGGUUUUUAAAAAUGUAUUUUGUGGCACUUUUAUUUUGGGGUAUUGGGUUUUACUGUUGUAUGAGUUGGUAAAAAGCCCUACAAAUGCCAGUUUUACCCCUUUUUGAAAGGGUUAUUAGACUUGAUUAAUAAAAUGAUCCAAGAAAUCAUGUUAAAUUAACAAACAGCUUUCAUUUUACAGGAUUUGUUCUAGGAAUCUUUGUGCUGCUUUUCAAUUUAUUGCUUGUAUAAAUAAUCAUAGUUUUGAAAUGUAUUUACAUAACUAAAGUACAAUUAACAUUUAAACAC